CCGCCGGUUGGGCGCCAUUGAACGCGGUGCCCGGCGGGAAAGCCGAGCGCAUGGCCGGGGCGGUCGGCGGCGGUGCCUCGAGGUCGCUUGUCGAUUAGAGGCGGCGGGAGCGAGGGAGCGAGCGGGAAGUAGGUACCAACAUGGAAGCGCCUGAAGAUCGAGGCCACAGUUCCAUGUGGAAUAGAUUUCACGAGGAAUCAUCGAGUAGUGUUGUGAAAUCACUGCGAAAAAGUAAAAGCAUGGAUACUCUGCCAGAUUCCAAAAACUGGAUACUGAGAGAUAUCCCUCAUUAUGAAAAGAAUAGGCUCUUCCUCCCUUUGAAUUUACCUACAGUACCUCUUAGUAAAUGGGAGGUUCUGCUCCAGCACUAUAUGGAAGCUGGAUUUUUUUUGCCUAUGAGAGACUACACAUCUAGUAGGAGCUGCCCAUCUCUGCCGUACAGGCCAGAAGAAUAUUUCCCAAACAGCUCAGAAGAUACUCUAAGCUUUACAGUGGGUAAUGCCAUCCAGUCCGUCAGUGAAGAAAGUUUGAGUGCUACCAUUCGAACAGGAAAUGUUUCCGGUGAGGAAGCAAAUCAGUUUGCUGCUGAGCCAGGUGAUGUGAAGCAAGCUAGUUAUACAAAUAAUAACAGAACACCAGAGGAUGCAAGUCACGAGGAACUAGUCUUGCUUCAAAGAGCUGUUGAAAGUGCCAGUGUGUCAACCACUCAAUUCCAAGCUUAUGACCAUCAACUUUAUGCAGACUUAAGGGAGGAAAUAAAAGGAGCACAACAUUUGGAAAACAGUUUUCUAAGCCUGUCAGUGAACACUGACAAAAUGGUUAACCUGACUGAGAUGGUGAAGGAGCUUCCAAUAAAGGAUUUAAGUAUCGAGAUCAAUUUCACAGAAGUGGUGAAUGAAUGUACUAUAAAGGACAUGGCCAUUAAAGAGAUGAACGUAACCACUGAACUAAUGGAUAAAUUUGAAGAGAAAAUGCCAUGUAAACAAGGAGAGGAGGAAGUUAAACUCGUAAAGGAUAAGACUGAGGUUCGCUGCAAGAACAAAAUAACUCAAUUUUUUCUGGAAGAUUAUCAGGAAUUGGACACAGACCUUAAAUAUUCACAAGAAAUGUUUGACCUCGAUGAAGAUGACGAUAGUUUAGAAAUGGAGACCCAAACGAUACUGUGCAUGCCAUUCUUGUGCAGGAGAAGGAAAACUAAACAGAAGACGGAGGGUGCUUCCUGCUGCAGAAGAUAACUUACUGCUUGUGGAGAUCGUUGAGACUGAAUUAAUUCUACGCGUUAUAUAAUUAGUGGACUUCCACAAAUUCUGUUGUAAAUUGUUUCGAGCAGUUCAUAUGUUUAAGCUACCUCGUUUUUGACUUAAACUAAUAAAGAAUAUUUUUUCCGUAA